AUGCGCCGAGUGAAGCUGGAGCGCGAGCCAUCGCAGGGCACGAUUGCGUCGACGCUGCAUUUGCCGUUUGGGAUGUCCACGGGAUCGUUGCCUAUCGUGAGCUCGCUGCCGAGCGUCACGGUGCCUAGUCUGUCGUCGCUUGCCUCUGCACGCAGGCCGCAAUCGUCGCACAAUUUGGAGGACCCGCGCAUUCCUGCAUCGGUAGUGCCGCUGUCCCAGGUGCUGCAGCGUAUUCCAGUCAUAAAUCGCCCGCGCGAGCUUCCGCACGAGGCACAUGUGCUGUCCGCGCUGUUGGUGCCCUUUCUGGGGCCGAACAAAGGCGUAGAGGCUGACCGUCUAUAUGGCGAACAGUAUGCGGCUACGAAGGCAUUCGAGAAUCUUUGUAUGGAGUGGAGCUCGACCUCCUGCGAGGUCGACUUGAGACGCUGUCUCUGGUGCUUCAACGCUGCCUCCGUGCCCUCGGCGCAGCAGCCCAUUGUCAUUGGCUUACUAUCGAAACUCAUCUUCUCGUCCGGCCUCUUCAUGCUCGAUUCACCUGCCGCACUCCGGACGAUAUACCAGGGCCUAUACUCCCUCUUACGCUGUGUAUCGCUAGAUGCUUCAUUGGCGGACUGGGUACGGAAGUAUCUAGGCUCUGUUGAUGACGGAUCGGCCGGCAUGCCUCCCGCUGAAUCGUUCGAAAAAGAGUAUGGUGCGAGGUGGUCUAGUGACGAUCAGGAAUUGCUGAUUCGACGUGCUAUUGCCACCGAGAGCAUAGUCAAUAUGCUUCGAGGUGGUUCAGACAGUAGCCGCAGGUGGAUAUUGCACGAUGCGUUGGAGGUGUAUUGGCCGAUCCCGGACCAGACUGCGCGGCUUACACCCUUAAACUCGUGUAUUGACGCACAUCGGCUGAAAGCAUUCGUGACUGCUGCGUCUACCUUGCUUUUCCCUUCGAUUGGCGUGGACGUUUCUAGUCAGGUUGCAGAUGCCGCUGCAAUCAUGCGGAUCCUACACACUCGCGUUUUACGUGAGGUUGAUCUCGUCCUUGAGAAAGAUGCUACCGGAAUCCGGAGUGGUAUCAUUCAACUCGCGCUCGAUCUGACGUGCGUGCAGGAUUUCACGGAUCGUGCGAUGGUCUUAGAGCAAAUCCGCGGCUGGUUACAAGAUUCUGCGAGCUGGAAGUCAAGCUUCGAUGGGACUUUGCGUAAUUUGAUUGCAAAUGCGGAGUGGCCAGCGAUCUUGCGCGUACUGAUUACAAUCGCGAAGACUUACCCAGAAGACAUGCGUAGCUCGUUAGUUACCGUGCUACUACCCUUACUGCAUGAUCGGCUGAUGGCCAGUGCACCUGAGUAUCCAUGCGAGCCACUUUCUGAAUUUCUUCAGCUUGUCUCUCGCGCAUAUCCGAAGGUGUUUUUCAAGCCCAUUUUCACCUGCGCUGCUUCAGCGAAGGACCUGACAAUCGCCACGCAACUAAGCGUUCUAACGUGCAUCGCGAGAUACAUGCCAGAUCUGUGGUGUCGGGAUGCCGACAUGAUGUCUGUGGCUCUCAUGAGUGAUCCUGCGGGUGCGAAGGCCAGGUCAAACGAAGGCAACGUCACUUGGGGAAGAACACGGAUGGGGCAGUUAGUGUUGCUGUUGGAGCUGUUCGCUUUCAUGCAGCGUGUACGACGAGCGAAUGAUGUUGCAUUGGCUGCGAGUGCAGUAAGAUUUGCCGUGGCUCUUGAGACUCGUUUGGGAGCCUUGAUCAAAGCGAAGGAGCAGACAAUGCUGGUGCCCAUCUCGCAGAGACUGCUCUUGACCGCAUUUUUCAGGGAGACGAGAUUGCUCACCCGCUCAUCGAAGUCCGCUUCGUGGCACUCUUCUGUGGUAUCGUGGACGUUGUACGAACUGCCGGACGACGAUUUCGAGAGUGAAGAAGAGCAAGAGAUCGAUGCUAGCUUUGACAAGCUUCGUGCUCUGUAUGCUCAUGCUUUGGAAGCCUUUGAAGGAGGCAGUAAGCGUAGAACAACUCUGUUCCUAUCUCCUAGCAUGGAUCGUCAACGUUCAAAGGGAUCCGGGCAGAAUCCGGCCUAUGAAUUGCUUGUCGGAAGGUUUUCCCUGGUCGAUUCCCUCCAUAUCCCAUUUAGACGCAUUUCCCUGCCGCUUUUGGUCCUGGUAUCUGGACUGUUGAGCACCCAGGACUAUGCAUCGCUAGGCCCGGUCCUGUGGCAUCGGUGUUUAGAUAGCCCCAAUUCCGAUGUCAAUGUCUCGGCUUCUUUUCUGGUCAUGCAAUGCGCAGAGAGAAGUCCUAUGCAGCUCUUGCAAGCUAUUGAACAUGAUUUAUCUAAUGACAAUGCGCGCAUUCGUUGGGCAGCCAUUGGCAGGAUUGGGAUCUUAUGCAGCUGGCGAACUCAGUUGUUGUCUCAGGACGUUAUCUUGGACAAGAACUAUCGCCGACCAUUCAAACUCUCGCGCCCACCGAUUCAUUUCGUUCCGACGGAUAUUGGCAGCAGCCUCUUUGUUCUGGAAGGAGACGUUUAUGAGUUCAAAGACAGUCAUGGACACCUCCUUCCGCUUGAGUUGCGUAGGCGGCUAGCAGACAUCGGCUGGGACGAAGAAGACAGAGUGGAGGAUCCCAAAAUCCAAUGGCUGAAGACACCUCUAUCCCUUCUCCCGACACCACAAUUGAGUACGCUCGAUGAUCCAGCCGACGAGUCGACUGCAUUCCCGGAAUCUCCUAAUCUAAGUCCGGAUCCAUCUCCCAAAAGCUCACCAUCUGACAAGUCGUCGAUACUAAGACGAGAUUCCAGUACCAGCGGGACCAAAAGAAGACCGGUCUUCGUUUCGGAAUUGGUCGCCCUGUUUCCCAGAUUGGUAUCAAUGGUCAAGGACGAAAAUUUUGAGGUAGCGAGCGCAGCAAGGAAUCUCGUCGUUGAUCUGAUGCGCGAUGAUCCCUCCCUGUUGACGCGUCCGAUAUACCAGGCACUUUCUGGGAACGAACAUGACCUGAGCUACGCUGCUGAUACGGUCAUGGCUAUGUUGCACGUUCGGCCUGUUCUGCCACCUGCUAUAGCCCAUCACCUCCUGAAUCAUCUCACCGGGUUUCUCAAGUCAUUCAUUCGUCAAACAGGCAGUGCUGCUCCUUUGCAGAGCUACGCGUACUCCGCUCCAGCGAUUGCCCGGCUGAGUACGCAAGUGAGCAAAAUGUCUGCCCGGGAUAUAAGACGUGCCAAGGUUGACAUGUUGCUCUUGCCAACUGGAUCAUUGUGGUUUCCUCCUUCUGCUCCACAGGCGCCUAUGUUCCCAAGAGGUGUUGAUAUCGAGCAGAAUCCAUUUGAGGCGAUCCCUUCUUCGUUGGUGUGGAUCACUAUGGUCAGGACAUCUCAAAACAUGAUGUUUCUGCGCCUAUUGGAGAAAGACCCGCAGGAGCUGAAGACGGUCAGGAAGAGUCUCACAAGACUUGUAUUGCCAUCAAUGCAAGCGACUUCCGGCGAAGGCUUUCUUCAAUUCGCAUCUUUCAAGCCUCGGAAGCGCCGGAUUGACUCACGACCUACCGCUGCUCUCAACGCCUUAUCUUUGACCUUAGCGUGUAGCUACUUGCUAUUGACGACGCAGAUGUUCUGGUCGAUGUCGCGACAUCUCAGUGACCGACAGGAACUCGCUAAUCUUGUGGAUGGCCUCAAUCGUGUCCUCAUAACACAUGGCGAUGAUAUCGGGAUCGUUGCGCAUACAAUGUUAGCAUUCAUGCUGGCAAGCACCAGAUUCAAGCGCAUCUUCAUCGCCGGUGGUACAUAUGCUCUCUUCAUGCCGGCCGUCAUCAAAGUCUAUUGUGAAUCGGAGGCCCAUCCAGGGAUCCGAGCAGCGAUAGAGUAUGCAGUCAACAGAUUCUACGCCAUACAUCAAGAAGCCUUCGUCUUCCAAAGCGUCGACGUUGUCUCUCACAUGUUCAUGGCCACUGAUGUCGACCAGCCGUGGUUGGCUAAGCACGUUUUUGCGCUCUUUUCAACGCUGAAGAACGGAACAGCACCAUUGGCGCCUGAUGUUGCUGGAAUCUACAAUCUGAACAAGUUGCAAGAGCAAGAGAAUCGAAUGGCCGAUGUUGCUGAAGAGGUUCCUCAGAACUUUUUAGCAUCCAUACGCAAAGUUGGCAUCGGGCGCCAUCAGGUCACCCUCGUCUUGCCAGAUCAGUAUGAAUGGAAGCGCCUGGCUUUGGAUGACUUUGUUCGUCUGUUUUUGACAGUCAUUGCGCACAACCCGACCAUACAACGCGCAGAACGUUUUCUGCGCAGUCUUCGACUCCUGGCUCCUCAUUUCUAUAACGCUUCACGUUCUUCCCGGACAGUGCUUCGGGAUGGAAUAGACGCUUUAGGCGCAAUAUUCAUUAAUACUGGCGCUUUCAAGUCGAAACUACCCGAGAAUCCUCAUAAUCGCCCGUCAGAUGACUUCGGAUAUGAGGUCUUGGUGGAAGAUGGCGGCCACGAAUUGAAGCAAGGCUUGACUCCCGCAGAUAGCCUAGGAAUGCAGCUGGACUACAUGUCACUGGUUGUCGCGUUCACGCAAGCGGGCGGCGAGCUAUCACCAGGCACCUUUUUGCGCUUUCUCGAGUUGAUAAAGCUUACACUCAGGGAUUCCAUCGUAUCAGGCGAUCGGAUAUCUGUCCUUUUAACUGAUUGUCUGCGAACGUUCUUGCUACGGGAACCCGCACCAAGAUUAAAACAAGUCGUCGCAAUAUUGACAGAUGUCGCACCCAUAGUUACUGCGUACAGCACUUCAGUAAAUUUCGCUGGAGUCUACGAUCUGCUGGCGACCUUAUCGGCAAAUAGUUUGUUUGCUAGUCAACCGCGCUUCUCUCAGCUUGUUGUCACAAGAUAUUGUAGAGCUGGCUUGGAGGCUUGCGAAGUAGCGGCGUCCGAGGGCUGGCUGCUCUCCUUACCAUCCAGGAUGAAUAUCGUCAGACUUAUUAACUCUGCUAUCUCUCUCGUAGGGGCCGAUAUUGUGGGGGAGCUCGAGCAACAUUCGCCCACAUAUGCGUUCCUGUCAGGUGUCCUGCUCCCUCUUGUCCUCAUCGCGAAGACUUCCGCAGAUCUGCUCGCAGGCAGCCAGUGGACAGAGGGAUGGCGGCGCCGUGAUGUGCUUUCCAGGGCAUGGAUCAGAUUGCUAUCUUACACGUUGGCCGCUUGCCAGAACCCUGCGGCUCCCACCAAAUUUGCGGCAAACUCGUCAGAACGGCGCAAGUCCCAAGACAUACGCUCGGUAAGCUCGAGUAACGAAUCGGUGAUGGCGUUCUCGGUGGCCUUGCAGGUUUUGAAGGUGAUCGUCAUCCGCGCGGAGGGCGAUCUCUCGGUGGCACUUCCCCGCGUCUGGUUCCACAUCAGCUCAGUCCUGCGCUCGCUUUUGGCGGACGGUGAUGCACUCUUCGCACAAAAACUCGAUGAAUACUCGGAGCCACCGUCUCCCUCGCAGUCUCCCAGAAAAGGAAGUUUCUCGUCAGCUCAAGACAAGAAGCCGCUCCUUCCUUCUGUUGCUUCCGGCCACUCUAUGGACCAGAUGUCUUCACCUCGACUGAUAGACUACCUCACAUGGUCUUUCAUUCAUUGGUUGUGCCUACGCAAGAGUCCGCUGAUGAUACAGAUGCGCGGGUUUAUAGAAGAGAAGGUCGCUCUGGUUUCUCAAGGCAGUCUCGACUCAUCCGGCGGACUCACUCCCAUUCGCACCCGCCGCAUCUCCUCCGUUUUCAUCAAACCACGCCGUAGCAUGGCAAACGACAGCGCCGUCUCCUCGGCAGCAUCGACUCCCCGAAACUCAACGCUACUCAACACCUCUUGGUCGUUGCCGAAUUUCAACGAUCGCAGCUUUGACGCUUCCACCCCGCGACGAGAGCCCAGUGCACGACUCCCUGGAUACGCGCGCGACUUGAGUCCGAUAUCCCCGUCUGGACGGAUGGCGCGCGACUCGGGGCCGAACAUCAUCCAUCUUGGCCCUGUUCUCUCUCCGUCUCUCUCCGUAACGAGUGCGGGACUAGAGCCCCGUCGGUCGAUAUCAGCUGGCAGUACCCAGACGAGGGGAAAUGAGAUUACCGCGGUCGUGGCCGCAAGAGGCGUAUUGGUACACUCUACGGUGCUGGUGCGGAUGACAUAUCUACGGAUACGACUUGCGCAGACCGUGAUGGGGUAUGCGACUCUUUUGCCUAUGGGAGAUGCAGUCGAGGGCCACGGUAACGAUCUGUCUGUCCGGGCGUGGACGAAGAAGGAGGCGCUGGAGGCUGUCUUGCAGGAGGUUAAGGACCUGAUGGAAGAGUUCCGUGACUACAAGGAUAUGGAAGAAGACAGCGUGGUAGACAUGGAGGACCCUCCAGCGUCUCCUUCGAAAUGGUGA